AUGGCAAACAAGCGGGGAAGAAGUGGAAAUGUGGUGAUGCAUUUCCAGCAUCCGGAUGGCUUCAAUCCAAAAGACAGGGUCUACAAAGCAUGCUGUUGUCAUUCGAAGACAUUUACGAUUUUUAUUGGAAUAUUCGAGAUUUUCACAAUUUGUUUUCUUCUUGUAGCUGUCCUUCCUGACGUCACGACCCGUGUCUGUGACAAACUCGGCAACCAAACCGAAAGUGAUGGACUUUUCGAGGAGUUCACAUUGGAGAACAUCACUUAUAUCAGCGCUGCUCUUUGUCACAACAACAUCACUUGUCUUGUUUGGGCGAUUCUGCAGAUAAUGACAGUGAUUGCAAUGUUUUAUGGAAUCAAAACCAUUCGCUACUGGUUUUUCAUCCCGCACUUCAUCUUCAGAGUCCUUUGCGUUUCGAUCCUUUGCACUGUUGAAACUUGGUUCAUCAUUCGUGCAACAGGGACCAAUGAGAACAUUGGCGCGUAUCUGACUACGAUUAUUGUGUUUGCCGUCAUCGUACUUGCUGCUCUUUAUGCAACGUGGAUUGAAGUUCGAUGUGCACAUUUUGUGAAACGAUCACGAGAUACUGGAUUCUCUAUCAGCGUGGCUCGUCCAGUGGGUCCGGCUACUAUAUCUCUCAGUGAAAAUCAAAAUGAGCAAGCUCCAGCUCCGCCGGUCGAGGGCAAGGUUCAACAAUUGAUCGGAUUCUUGGUUCAAAAAGAUGCAUCUGAGAUCGGAAACGAUUUUUCAUUCAAAGCCGAAGAUCCAGAGCGUGCCGAGUACUUCAAUACGAUGAUUGCCGAAGCGUUGACCAGUGUCUUCAAUGUGCCAUCAGAGCCAUCGGAUGUAGAGCCAUUGAACACCGUUCAAGAUAUUGUUGAUCGUAUUAAUAAUGCUUAA